CCGCUCCCGGCCAUCCCCCGCCCCGAGCAGGCAGGGUCUCAACCCUGCGGAAAGUUUUCUGCGCCGGGAGGAAGUUGUAAGUUUGGAGAUUCUGAGAAAGCGGCUCCUGUGGUGAGUGGUCUGGGUGGCCAUGGAGGAGCCCCCUUUGCGAGAGGAGGAGGAGGAAGAGGAGGAGGAAGGGGACGAAUGUGGGCCCGAGGGGGCUUUGGGCAAGAGCCCCUUCCAGCUGACCGCCGAGGACGUGUAUGACAUCUCCUACGUGAUCGGCCGCGAGCUGAUGGCCCUGGGCAGCGACCCUCGGGUGACACAGCUGCAGUUCAAGAUCGUCCGCGUCCUGGAGAUGCUGGAGACGCUGGUGAAUGAGGGCAACCUGAUGGUGGAGGAGCUGAGAAUGGAGAGGGACAGCCUCCGGAAGGAGGUGGAGGGGCUGCGGACCGAGGGCUCUGCGGCCGUCCAGGAGGUAAACCUGGGACCAGACAAAAUGGUGGUCGACCUGACAGAUCCCAACCGACCACGCUUCACUCUACAGGAGCUGAGGGACGUGCUCCAGGAGCGCAACAAACUCAAGUCCCAGCUAAUGGUGGUGCAGGAAGAGCUGCAGUGCUAUAAGAGUGGUCUGAUUCCUCCAAGAGAAGGCCUGGGAGGAAGAAGACAAAACGACACCCUUGUCUCCAGGACCAGCAAUGCCAGCAGUAACAAGGAGGAGAAGACAAUCAUAAGGAAGCUGUUCUCUUUCCGAUCAGGGAAGUAGACAUAGAUCUCAAGCCAUGGUUCACACAGAGGUUCUCAGACUCAAGAAGUCAAUGCAGCAAGACUUCCAAACUCAUCUCGGUGCCACACAUACUCACUGGAUUUACUCACUUGUUUCCCCUGAAAGCACCAAGGAGAAAGGAGGUGAGGCUCUCUCAUGGACAUUUCUCCCCUGGCUGCAGAACUGGACACCCCGGAAGGCUUGGCCAGGGCAAGGGAAGCAGCAGAGAGAAAUCAAGAAAUUAGAAGGAAAGUGAAACGAGGCCCACUUCCUGCUCCACGUCAGCCACCCCGGAGGGGUCUCCAGUGUGCACAUGUGUGUUCUGCUUGUCUGGUCUCACAGGUGACCUGGACCUUUACCAUGUAGUCACAGCAAAAUUCAUGAGCCCAAACAGAGAGGGGAGGGAGAGAAUGCAGGAAAGGAUGGCAUUGACACUCCAGUGGUGAUUUCACAGAUAUUUAGGGAACAUAUGAUUUUGCUAACAUGAUUUUCUUUACAUGACUUUGUAUUAAAGUGAAAUGACUUUUAUGCUU